CUGUGUAUAGUUUGUAGCUCCUCAAGAAUUCUCUCGAUUCCCCAAUUUGAUCACAUUUUACCCAAAAGCUCCACUUUACCCAUUCAGGAUCAAUCCAAACCCUAUGACUCAAAGAAGAACUGUUGGGUUCCCGAUGCAGAAGAAGGAUAUGUUGCGGGAGAAAUUACCGGUACAAAAGGAGACUCGGUUACGGUAGUCACCGCUCGCGGAAAUGAGGUGAGUGGGGGGAGGGGGCACAUUCGAGAGAUCCUCGGUCUAUGCAUUCUAUAUUGCCAACAGCUGCGAGUUUUUCUUCAUCCACAACCGCCGAGUCGUGGGUGCGCCGGCUGCCGUAAGGCGCACGUUGUAAUACGGAAUGUGCAGGGGUUGACGCUCAAGAAGGAACUUGUGCAGGAAAUGAAUCCUCCAAAGUACGAAAAAACCGAGGACAUGUCAAAUUUGACCUUCCUUAACGAUGCGUCUGUACUUCACAAUCUCCGAGCUCGUUAUGCUGCUAUGCUUAUCUACGUGAGUCUUCGCCAAGUUCAAAAAUCCCAAAGAUCUUUGCCGUUCCCACACCAGCGUCAGACAUUUUCUCACACCGAGAGGUGUAGGUGGAUGAUUGCAUUAGAGCAUAAAAACUACAAUUGUGCAAGACAGAUGAGCUUUUGGUAGAG